GUCCUUUGAAGCAGUGCUCAAGUAAAAGCCUUUUUUCCCCCACAAAAUUUCUCUCUCCCCCUCCCUCCCUCCCUUUACCAGUUAAAGGCUGAAAAUAAGUGGGAAUAAAAAUCUGAGGGAACUGAAUAAACUUUGAGCCCGUGUGGGUUCUUGGGCUGUUUAGGCUUGCUAAGCCACGUGUAAGGCUUGUUUUUGGUGUUUCAGCUUAAAUUCUUGGUUAGAAUUCAUUCACGUCUUAUUUUCUUUGAUAGAUAGUUGAAUAAUUGGUUCGUGAUUUUGAUUGUUUUAGUUCCUUUUUUGUUGAAGAAUAAUUAUAGCUUCUUUUGUUGAGCUUCUGUUUUUAAAGAAUGAACCUUGAUUUUUUUUUUUCUUUUUUUCGGGAGAAAGGGUGGAUUUUGUCUGAAAAAUAAAGAACCCCAUUUUCUUCAAGAGGCUGUGAAGAGUUGCCUUAGAUCCAGGAAACCCAUGUUCCAUGUGGCAAAAAGUUAGCAUCUUUAUGGCGUUUCCUCGUGAAUCUUGAGUUCUUCCUGAAGGACUUACUGGUGGGCUUACAGCUUUCUCAGCUCUUGAAUUGUCGCCUAUUUCAAUAAUCUCUAUGGCUCCCAAUUUUUUCUUCCGAUUUUCAUAAAGAACCUCCAUGAUGGAAGAGAUUUCUCCAGUUGCCCUUGGCUUAAAUACAAUCACACGACUCAAACUAGAAACCGAGGCUGCAAGCCUUCUAUCAGAUCCAGCAAUGGUUAUGAACGAGAUGGUCGAAGAUAAAGGAAAACCCAUUAUUUUAGUUCAAGAAGUUAGUGAAGAAGACGAAAAUCUCUCGGUUGUGGAUGACCCUAGUUUAUUGACUAGUGUAGAGUUACUACCAUUAGAUGCUGCUUCAAAUUUAAACGUGCCUUUAGCUACUUCUUCCAAGACGAGCUUACCCAUUGCUGUCGAGAUCGAGGGCACUGAGAAUGGGCAAAUACUUGCGAAAGUCAUUAGUGUGGAGGAGAGAAGCAUAAAAGGGAGGUUAUCUGGAGAUAUUUUGACUGUAGCUGGAAAACAUAAUGAAGAGUGCUCAAGUGGGCCCACAAUCAAGUCAUCGGUGGUUGCUGUCAAGUUAGCUGGUGAAAAGGACUCUGGCAAAGGCACGGUUAAGAGCGUCUUUGAAUUGGAUUGUUUGCCUCUUUGGGGUUCAGUGUCCAUUUGUGGGCAUAGAUCUGAAAUGGAGGAUGCUGUUGUGGUUGUGCCUAAUUUCAUGAAAAUUCCUAUCAAGAUGUUUAUUGGUGACAAUGGAUUGGAUGGGAUAAGCCAGACUUUGAGUCACCUAACCUCGCAUUUUUUCGGAGUUUAUGAUGGUCAUGGUGGGUCUCAGGUUGCGAACUAUUGUCGUGACCGUAUCCAUUUUGCUCUGGAAGACGAGUUAAUAAACAUUAAAGAUGUGAUGGUGAAAGAUAUUUCCCGAGACCCUCGGCAAGUGCAGUGGGAAAACGUCUUCACAAGUUGCUUUGCUAAAGUUGAUGAAGAAGUCAGUGGAAAAACGAGCAAAACCGUACCUUCCGAAGGAGAUGAUGAUGUGGACAUGUCUUCACCUAUUGCCCCUGAAACAGUGGGGUCCACUGCAGUUGUUGCAGUUGUUUGUUCAUCCCAUAUUAUAGUAGCAAACUGUGGGGAUUCAAGGGCGGUCCUUUAUCGUGGUAAAGAAGCCAUUGCAUUGUCGAUCGAUCAUAAACCGAGCCGAGAGGAUGAAUAUGCUAGGAUUGAGGCUGCUGGUGGAAAGGUCAUACAGUGGAAUGGACACCGUGUUUUUGGUGUUCUUGCAAUGUCAAGAUCUAUUGGUGACAGAUACCUAAAGCCAUGGAUUAUACCAAAGCCCGAAGUCAUGUUCGUGCCUCGAGCCCGAGACGACGAUUGCCUAAUCAUCGCCAGUGAUGGGCUUUGGGAUGUGAUGUCCAAUGAGGAAGUUUGUGAGUUGGCCCGAAAGCGAAUCUUAAUUUGGCACAAAAAGAAUGGAAUGAGCCCAUUAGUGGAAAGGGGCCGUGGGGUGGACCCUGCUGCACAAUCAGCUGCCGAGUACUUAUCGAACGUGGCCCUACAGAAAGGGAGCAAGGACAAUAUUUCCGUGAUUGUUGUGGACUUGAAAACCCAAAGGAAGUUCAAGAGUAAAUCGUGAGUUUGCUUUUGUUACGAUUAUUAAAAUUUGCAUAUUCUUCUUCUUCUUCUUCUUCUUCUUCUUCUUCUUCUUCUUC